UGGGACCUCCCUACCCACCCCACACAUCCCACCCAUCCCACCCCACUGCACCCCACCAGGCCCCGGGGACCCAGGAGCCCUAGGAGCCGCUGUCCGGGCAGCCGGGGUGGGGCGCACAGGCCGGCCCAAGGAUGCCCGGGGGUGCCACCCCGCCAGCCCCCCAAGCGCCCUGCGCCCUGUGCCCCGCAGCACCGGCGGCGCCCCCCAUGCGCCAGGCCAGGCGUGGGCGGCGUCGGGGGGCGCCAUGGCCACGGCCCCGGCGGGUGAGGCGGAGGAGGCCACCCGGCUGCGCAAGCCCCGCUUCUCGUUCGAGGAGAACCAGAUCCUGAUCCGCGAGGUGCGCGCCCACUACCCGCAGCUCUACGGCGCGCACAGCCGUCGGGUGAGCGUGGCCGAGCGGCGGGGCGUGUGGGACGGCAUCGCCGCCAAGAUCAACGGCAUCACCAGCUGGAAGCGCACCGGCCAGGAGGUGCAGAAGCGCUGGAACGACUUCAAGCGCCGCACCAAGGAGAAGUUGGCGCGCGUGCCGCACUCCACGCAGGGCGCGGGGCCCGCCGCCGACGAGGCCUUCUCGGCGGAGGAGGAGACCCUCUUCGCCAUCCUGGGGCAUGGGGUGGCGGGGCCCGGCCCUGGGGCUGGGGUUGGAGCCCAGCCGCCCCCCGCAGCCAGCUCCGAGCCCCCGCCCCCCGCCGCCCCAAGUGCCUGCGCCCCGCGUGCGGGGUGCGCCGAAGACCUGCGCAGGGAGGAGAGACGGCCAGAUACCCCAGCUCAGAGCAAAGGGGGGUGCAGGAGCCCCGAUCCCUGGGCACGGCCCACCGGCAAGCCGAGCGCACUCAUCAAGGAGCGUGAGACCCCGCCCCCCGCCGCCCCGCAGUCCCCACCGGGCCCGGCAGCCCCGCACCCGCAUCUCCAGCUACCACCGGGCCCCAGCCCCCCGCAGCCCCCCGACCCUGCCCUGGACUUGCUGCGCGCGCAGCAGGAGACGGCCGAUGCCAUCCGCGAGCUGGCGGGCACCUUGCGCCAGGGCCUGGCCAAGCUGAGCGAGGCCCUGAGCGCCCUGCUGCCACUGCUGCCCGGGGCGCCGGGCGUCCCCCAGCCCCAUCACCCACCGCCACCUCCUCCCCAUCUGCCGGCGCCCCCUCGGCCGCCCCUCCCACCUCCGCCGGUCCCCAAGGUGGAGCUGAACCCCGAGCCCGUGUCCCUAGUGGCUGCCAGGGGGGUUAUCGUCUCCCCGAGGGGCGAGGACGCAGGGGCGCGGCCCCCCCUGGCCCCUCUGCCGCCUCCCGACUCGCCCCCCUGCAAGAGGAGGAAAGGGUUCCCCACGGGCAAACGGCGGGGCCGGUGGAAAGCACCCUGAAAGGGGUCCCCGGGGGUCCAGCAUCCUUGUGCCCACCCCCAGCUUGCGCACAGCGCCCUGGAGGAGCGUCGCCCCCCAUCCUGGCUGCACCCCGGCUCCCUGCUGCAGGGGCGCGCUCGCAUCCGCUCCCUGUCUUAGUUAGUGCCUGAAUCUUGGGGGGGUAACUGCUGGAAGAGCCCCCUGGUCGCCCCCUCUCCAGUACAGCGCUGCCCGCCUAGCUGCUUUCCCGAACCCCCAAACUUCGAAGCCAUGGAUUUGAUGUUAUUUAUUACUGCCCGUCGCGGGUUGCACAGGGGACCCCCAUUCGGGUCUUGCACACAUACAAACACAUAUCCCCACUCUUACGCCCCUCCCAACAAGCUCCUGGCCUUGACUUGAAGAGAAUCUCGAUCCGGGGAGGGGUUUAAUUUGGGGGGGGCUGCCCCACCUCUGGACUCCAGGAAGGAGGAGUUGCUAGACAAAAAGGAGACUGGGCAGGGCUUUCCCUCUUCCCCCCAAAAAAGAGAAAAGCCACUCAUCUGGGGGGUUGCCUCCCCCUACUCCCCAAGCUCAGCAGCCUUUCUCCCACCCAGUGGUAACAAGAUCUCAAUAAACUUAUUUUUCAUAA